CGCCUGCGGCAGCGUCCAGAGCAGUCCGAGGGCGGGGUUGCCGCUCGGCGGUGAGUCAGUCACUCGUCUUUAUCGGCGGUUCGGGUGCCGAUCGGCAGUACCGCGACGUCAGGCGAAGCACUUGGACGGUUCCUGCAGCGCUGCCGCGUCGAGUCGAACGCGCCACUUUCACCCAUCAAACCCCACCUGGGCCAAAUGAGCCAAAACCGGCGGCACACAGUGGCGGNCCGCCAGUCCAGCAUCCCGCUGCGCAGGCCUUUGAGCCGGCAGGGCUCCACAUCGAGCACGGCGUGCAGCGAUGCCACGCACCGCUGGAAGCAGAAGCUGGAGGAAAGCGAGGAGCGGCGCAAGCUGCUGCUGAGCGACAAGGAGAAGGCGCUGCGCAGCCUGCAGGAGGUGGAGCGGCGCCACCUGCAGCUCCAGGAGCGCCACGAGCAACUGGAGACCGAACUGUUCGAGAAGAAUGAGGAGUUCACGCGGCUGUCGACCGCCUCCAAGAACCUGUACAAGGAGUACGAGACGCUGAAGCACCAGUACGAGACUGAAACAGGUGCGAUGUCCAGGGCGCUGAAGGACGCCACCCAAUGGUACAAGGAGAACCGGCAGCUGCGCCGCCGCACGCUGAUGCUGCCGCCCGAUCAGGACGCCGUCGACGAGGGCGUGGACGCCGGCGGCGACGCUGACAUCGACAAUCUGAACAAGACGAUCAAGCAGCUGAGCGCUGAGGUGGCCGAGCUGCAGACCGAGCUGGACGGCGUGCGCCAGACCGAGUUCCAGACGCUGGAGCAGAACGCCAAGCUGUGCGAGGAGCUGGAGGCCGCCCAGCAGGACCGGGCGCGGCUGGAAGCCGCGCUGGCCACGCUGCGCCACGACCACGCCCAACUUCUCCGCGUCUCCGACCUGAUGCGCAAAGAGCUGGAGGAGCUGCGCGAGGUGCGCAACGCCCAACGCAACGACAUCGUCCAGCUCAGGAAAGAAGCGGGCGAGCAGAAGAAGGAGCGCAACAUCCUGGCGCACCAGAGCAACCUGCUGCUGCAGGGCCUGAGCGAGGAGAACGACUCGACUCAAGUGCUUCUGCAACGGCAGCACUUGAGUAGCGUGAUUUAA